AUGGCAUUCACAACAAACUCCACCAUCAACUCCUUCAACGGCCGCAUCCUCAAACUCACCCACCAAUCCUCCACCACCUCCACCCCUAUGAACCUCAACCUCUUCCUCCCCAACACAGCAUCACAAUCCAACCCCGCCCCCCUCCUAAUCUACCUCUCCGGCCUGACCUGCACGCCCGACAACGUCACCGAGAAGGGCUUCCUCCACGCCCACGCCUCGCCCCUCAACCUCGCCCUCCUCUACCCGGACACCUCCCCCCGCGGGACCGACCUCCCCGGCGAACACGACGCCUACGACUUUGGCAGCGCCGCCUCCUUCUACAUCGACGCCACCAAGACGCCCUGGUCCAAGAACUACAAGAUGGAGACGUAUCUGACGAAGGAGCUCCCGCAGCUACUGUUCGACAACUUCAAGGAGUUGGAUGGGGGGAAGGUGUCCAUCACGGGGCACUCCAUGGGCGGACAUGGUGCCCUGACGCUGUUUCUGAAGAAUCCCGGCGUGUAUAAGAGCGUGAGUGCGUUUGCGCCGAUUUGCAAUCCCAGUCAGUGUCCGUGGGGGGAGAAGGCGUUCACGGGGUAUUUGGAGGAUAAGGCGGAGUGGGCGAAGCACGAUGCUACUGAGUUGUUGAAGGGGUGGAAGGGGGAUUUGAAUUGUUUGAUUGAUGUGGGAACUGGUGAUAAUUUCUACAAGGGGGGUCAGCUUUUGCCAGAGAAUUUUGUAAAGGCGGCGGCUGAGAAGGGUAUUAAUGGGGUGAAUGUGCGGUAUCAGGAUGGGUAUGAUCAUUCGUACUUUUUUAUUUCGACUUUUGGGGAGGACCAUGUGAAGCAUGCUGCUAAGGCGCUGGGAUUGCUGUAG